CUUUCUCCCUCGAAUCGAAAAAGAGCGAAAUGUUCCGAUAUUGUACAACGUGCUUCUGGGUGUGAAAUAAACACAGACUUCUGUGAGCUGUUUACGAAGAAACAAUAUGCCUAAAAAAGGUAAGAAGAGGACCCAGGUGGCAGCACCUGUGUAUGGCUCUGAUGAUGAGCGCCGCUAUGAGAAUGAACCUGAGCCAGACCAAGAAGAUGAAGACUACUUUUACGAUGAUGUUGACAACUUCCAUAUGCAAAAAGAAAAGAUGUUGCUGGACCAAGGAGUACAGAGCGAUGAUGACAUGAACUCAGAGAGUGAGGAUGAGGUUCUGGGUAUCGGUGGUGUCAGUGAUGACGAUCUCCUAAGUGACGAUGAUCUCAAAGUCUACAAAAAACAGUUGCGGAGGAUCAAGUUGAACCGUAAAAAGAGUGACAUGGGCAGUGAUCUAGAAGAUCAAGAUGAUGAAGGGGAGCCUGAUCACACAACCUAUGGAAAGAAGGUGACCGACUAUUACAACGCAGAUUUCAGUGAUGACGAUGUUGACCUGUCCGGGUCCGAGGGAGAAGAGGGGGCUGCUGCCUUGGAGGAAAAGGAAGCAUUAGCACUACAAAAACGUAUCAAUGCUGAACUGGACGAUCAAGACUUCGGACUGGACUUGUUCAAGAAAAAGAAGGUUGAAGAAUCAGAAGAUGAGGAGGAAGAAAAAAUCACAAAGGAUUUGACAAAGCUAUCAAAGAAAGAGAAACUACAGCUUUUGAAGAAGGAGUCGCCAGAAAUGUUGACAUUGAUCGAGGAUUACAAGUCCAAGAUGACCGAGGUGAGGGACGUUCUCAUGCCACUGUUGAAACUGGUGCGAGAGGGAAAGAUCCAAGGAAAGGCUGGCGACUAUGUGGAAACUAAAACUAAACUUCACCUAAAUUAUUGUACCAAUAUCAGCUUCUACAUGAUGCUGAAAUCAAAACAGAUUGCAGUCCACAAUCAUCCUGUCAUCAAGCGUCUUGUACAAUACCGUAAUUUGAUGAAAGAAAUGGAGCCACUGGACAAUCAAUUAAAGGAGGAAAUCACGGACAUUAUGGAUCGGUUAAAGAAAGGAGAGGAAGUAGAAUUCUCAGUAGAGGAGAAAAAGCAAGGCUUUGUCAGGCGUAAAUCAGUCAAAUCCUCCAGACAUAGAGUGGAGAGUAAAAAGUUAAGUCAGUUGGUGUCGGAAUCAGAUGAUGAUGAUGAUGAAGAUGAUGUUGAACCAAAAAUGAAGAAAUCUGGGGGUGAUCAGUACGAGACUGAGGAGGAGAAGGCUGCCCUAGAGUACUACCGUAUGAUGAAGGGAGCACGGUCUGGAGACAAUGAGGAAAUGGACAGUGGUGCGGAGGAAGCUCCAGAGGUAGACAAUGGAAUGGAGGAAGGAGAGGAGGAUGAGGAAGGCAAGCGAGCCAUCACCUAUCAGAUUGCUAAGAACAAGGGCUUAACUCCCAAGAGGAAGAAGGAACAGAGGAAUCCUCGUGUGAAAAACAAGCUCAAGUUCAGGAAGGCCAAGAUCAGGAGGAGAGGCCAGGUUCGUGAGGCAAGGACAGAGAUGUCCCGUUAUGGAGGAGAAGUAUCGGGGAUCAGGGCUGGUGUGAAGAGGAGCAUCAAGAUGAAAGUGUAAAUGUACAUAUUGGUAGUCUGACAAUAAAAGUGUACCAUCA